AUGUCUUCAUUCGAUGAUGAUGAAGCCCUUUUCGAGGACAUUUAUGGUGACGAACCUGAAGUAAAAGAAGAAACUCUGACCAAAGAAGAAAAAGUUGAAGAAAAAUCUACUACUUCAGAUGAACAACAACCUUCCACUGUUCCAUCAACUACUGAAGUAACUGGCGAGACUACGGAACCAACCAAAGCCCCUGAAGUUAGUACAGAAUCUAAUGUUACACCAACCACUUCAGCUCCAACAUUCCCAGGAAUGCCACCAAUGCCUAAUAUCCCAGGAAUGCCACCAAUGCCCAAUCUUCCAGGUAUGCCACCAAUGCCACAAGCUUUACCUCCAUCUCAAAUGGGUAAAAGUAGUGGUAAAAUGUUCAUUGGUGGUCUUAACUGGGAUACUACUGAACAAAAUUUAAUCGAUUACUUUGGUAAAUAUGGUGAAAUCAUUGAUCAUACUAUCAUGAGAGAUUCUGCUAGUGGUAGAUCAAGAGGUUUUGGAUUCUUAACCUUCGCUGACCCAAGAGCUGUUGAUGAAGUUUUGAAACAAGAUCAUAUCUUAGAUGGAAAGUUAAUUGAUCCAAAAAGAGCUAUUGCUAGAGAUGAACAAGAUAAAGUAGGAAAGAUUUUUGUUGGAGGUAUUGAUCCGUUGGUUAAUGAAAGAGAUUUUAAUGAAUUCUUCUCUCAAUUCGGUCAUAUCGUCGAUUGUCAAUUGAUGAUUGAUAAAGAUACUGGUAGAUCAAGAGGAUUUGGUUUCAUUACUUAUGAUUCACCAGAAGCUGUUGAUAAAGUUUGUGUUAACAAAUAUUUAUCAAUGAAUGGUAAACCUAUGGAAGUUAAAAGAGCCGAACCAAGAAAUCAACAUCAACAAACUCAACAAUUAUUACAACAACAACAACAGCAACAACAACAAAUGAUGGCAUACAUGCAACAAAUGCAACAAAUGCAAGCUCAAAUGACUCCUGAACAAAUCACUGCUUGGCAACAAUAUUAUCAACAAUAUCAACAAGGAGGUGGUGAUGCUUCUCAAGUAGAUGGUGGUGAAGAACCUGGUCAACCUUUGAAUCCUCAACAACUUAAUGAAGAUGGUGAAUCUGAAGAUAAACCUAGAGCUCCAUUACCUCCACCAUCUCAUCCACCUCCAAGAAGUUAUAACGAUGAUUAUGGUCGUUAUGGUGGUGGUAGAGGAAGAGGUCGUGGAAGAGGUAAUUAUCGUGGGGGAUAUAAUAGUGGAUACAGACGUGAUGAUAGAGGUCCACGUAAUGGACCACCUUCAGGUCCCGCAGGUGCACCAAGUGGCCCAAGAGGUAGCAGAGGUGGUUAUGGAAGAGGUGGAUACGGAAGAGGAGGUGGUGGAUAUCAUCCAUAUAAUGGAAAUGGUAGAGGUGGCAGAAGAUAA